AUGGAUGAAAAUGAUUCCCAGUCUCAAGAAGGUCCCUUUAACGCGAACAUGUAUAGAAGCGCAGCCGGCCUCAUCAACCAUGGCCAGGCCAUAUCCCAAGUGGACGCAUGGCGAGCACAGAACCCUCAACCAGCCAGAGAGGCCAUCAUCACCGACAGCGGAAUCUGGAUGAUUAUACCACACGAUGAGUACCAUUACGGUCGCUUUGGGUUUAAUGACGACCGCACCGCGGCUCAGUCUUUCCUCUUCUUCGCAACGAACACAUAUUUCACUCAGACAUCCUUCCGCGGCGAAGAUCAGGAAACAUUCCGUAAGAAAGAGUCUGAUGAAGAAAGAUUCGCCCGGCGUCUCCGUGAGGGAUAUGACUUUUCUAGGCUUGAAUUUUUGAACGAGCGAUGUGGUCCUCUUACUCAGGAGGAAGAGAAUGCAGGGAUUUUGCGCUUGUAUCCUUUGCAACCUCCUGAGGAGAAGUGGUUGGGUCCAUAUGAUAAAACAGAAUACCUGUUUCCCACCAAGGAGUUUGUCUUUCUGCUCCAUCAAGGGCCGAUUUUGCAUGACCCACCAUCGUUCAGCGCGUGUGUGGGAAUAGAUCAACCUGGUAGGGGAUUGAGGUUUGUCAAGCAAUUGAAGGAGCAAGUCUGUGACCUUAUCAAUGAGAUGAUUCUGAGUUAUCUGGAGAGUGUUGUGUUGGGUGUUUUGCGCGCCCAGAUGACUCUGCCAACAGGGUUUGUCUCAUCACCCGCAACUGCAGCUACGUCGUUCACAGCUACUCUGUUUCCCCAUCACCAGGAUCAAGAUCGCAUGAGAACAGGUGAUUUUAUGCUGUACGAAUACUUUCUGAAUGCGCUUCCUGUGGAGGGGUUUGAGACUGCUGGCGUGGCCGAAAAGAUAGAGACGUUUUUCAAUUCAAGGCUAGGGGAGGAUGAAAUCAAGGUAGGAGAAAGGGAAAAGGAGAUAAUGGAAAAGUUAUCUUGUGUGAUGGUUCUUCUGGUAAUAGAAUUGCUGGAUAGCUCCGCGUUAUGUGCUCGGGGAUGUAACAGAGAUGCAAUCGUGCCAUGGGAUGUGCGGAUAAGAGUGGCCGGGGGUGAUUGGAUGUUCGAAAUAUUCCAGUACUCGAGGGUGUUCUGGAAAGGGCAAUCCAGUUAG